GCGAGAGGGGGAAGAGCAGCCUGCACGCCGAGCAGAAGGGCCCCCUCCACGGACCCCCGAGCGCGAGGCCGUCUUUCUGGCUUCUCGGCGAGCGGCGGCAGCGGCGGCGGCUGGAUCAGUCACUCGGCCGAGGGCGGCAGCCAACUGCUGUGAGUGCACGGGGAGAGGCCCAGGCGGCGGCGGCGGCGGCGGCGGCAGCGGCGGCAGCAGCAGCUCUCGGGUUGCGGUGAAGAAUGUCAGCCACUAGCGUGGAUCAGGUGAGGGAGCAGAGGCCUCAGGCUCGGCGAAGGCCCGAGCCCCGGAGCUCCACCCUCGCGUGGGGCUCGGGCUCCUCCCCGUCGCCGCCGCUGCCGGCCCCAUAACGGUGCUCUGGGCUCAAGUUGCUGCGGUCUUGCCGCCCGGGCCGGGGCGUGCGCCCUGCCCCCGAGCCUGCGGCCGAGGCGGGAGGCCGCGGGGCCGCGGUGGGUGGGGGAAGGACCGCUCCUAGGGGGCCUUAGGGCACAGCUGAGGGCGGCCGACGUGGGGCUGAGACCAGGCGAGGUCUGGGAGACGGGUUUUGAGUGGCGGGUGGGAGGUUUAAAGACCGGGGGUGGUUGGGAAAUUGGAGGCUAUGGAGGAUGUGGUGGGUUUUCCUCCUACGCGGAUUGUUGAAAAUAACUUGUCUUUGAUAAUGUCUUUGAUUAACACACUUUCUCUCUCUUUUUUCUUCUCAUUAUCACACCUUCCGUCUUGCUGCGCAGAGACCUAAAGGGCAAGGAAAUAAAGGUGAGUUUGAAUAUUUUUCUCUUAUUUCUUAAUGUUGGUUCGAUGUGACUUCUAAACUUUGAGAGGGCCUUUUUGCACCAUUUUGGGGGGUUGGUUGGUUUGUGUGUUUUGAAAUGUAGGUUUAGAGAAAUAUUCAUCAUGGCUAAAGCAGCGAAAUGCUGUCCCAAACUUCUGUGGUUCCCUUGCUUUGAAGCCACUUUCAUAGAAACCAGAGUGGCAGGAGAAACAGUUUUCUUAGUUGUAUCUCAGUUAAGGAGGGACUAGGAAUGUGGUGACAUGUCUUUAAUUUUGCAAUUUAUCUGUAUUGUGUAACUUCUGCCACAAAAAUUUCUACAAAUGUGUGCAGAUAAGUGGACAUGUUGUUCGACAUUGCUAGGUUACACUGGAGAAUGCAACUCAAGUUGUAUUCCAUGUCACGUUAGUGAAAAUUGUACUGUUAAUCACUGGUUCUACUGAAGUCAGUUGCAAUGAGGCAGUAACACCAGAGAGAUCAAAACUGAACAGGCGCAGUCCUGGUGGCAAGGUGUGACUCAGGCUGGUAUUUUAGAAAGGACUGAGAAGGAAAUAGUUUGUGAGGUUUCUGCUACGGUGAUAUGAUUUAGUCUUUGAAAAAAAAAAAGUACUAUUGAAAGUAAAGCAUUAAAAAAAAUAAGUGUAUUUUGUGCCUCUUAAUAUGGAAAAUACAGUCAACUGACUGAAACAUUAUGACAUUAAUCAUGUGACAUUAGUAAGUAUAGAACAAUAACUGCUUUCUUGGGACAGUGCCAAUUAACAUUACAGUGAAUUACAUAUUUAUAACAUUUUGUAAUAGGGCCUGAUAUCAGACUAAAUAGAAUUAUGUUUCCUGUUUUUUAUUUCAGUAGUAUGGUAUUACCUAAAAAAUAAGAUGUACAGUAGCUUUUGAGAUACAAGUUCACAGUCUUUAUUGGUGUUCUUUAUACUCUUAGCGUUUUUAUUUGCCUUUGCAAAUUCGAAAAUAAUAGGUUUUGAGUACUCAGCUCAGUUAAUUUUCUUUGAGUUGUAGUGCAUUUUAUUUGAGAAUUUGUACAUACCAGAUGAAUGGCACUGUAUCAGAUACCAUGGAUUUACCAUGAAUUUCUUUUGAUUAAGGAUGUAUUUUGGGGGAGUAUGUACGUAUUUAGAAAUUUCAGUUUUUAAUUUUUAGAGGUAAAAUUUUAAUUUUAGAAUUAUUUUCUGUUGUAAGCAUAAACUUCAAUUCGAUGUUGUUUAUUUUAAAUGUUUUAAAAUAUUCAUUUGUAAAUUUGAAAAGAAUGAUCCAUUAAUUUUUUUUUUUUUUGCUAGUCUGCUCAUGAGGAAGUAUAUAGACUUGGAGAUAUAUGAAAUCUGUGGUCAUUAUUGCCUAGCAUAAAUUAUUUUAUCCUAGAUCUGUGGGGAGGUGGCACUUUGCAAGGCUAUUUGAAAUGCUAAGUGUUUUGUGUUACCUGCUCUAAGGUAAGUAUGCAAGUUCAAUGAAGUACAUACUUGUUUAACAAAACAACAUAAAGCAUCUACAGCAUUGUAAGCCAUUACUGAACUAAUCUGUGAUAUAGUCAUUUCACUUAGGUGGUAUCUUUGAUGUUAUAGUUGUAAAUUACCUAUGACACUAUUGCAUAUUGACUAUAAAUAUUUUUUGGUUAUUAAAAUUUUUUUGAUCCAUCCGUGUAACCUCUUUUAGAUGUAUUUAGACACACAAAAGUAUUUAUUUGGAUAGCUCUUUAUUCUAAGAAAUUUUCUUUUUUUCACCCUUAUUGUCCCGUUCAUAGUUUUAUCCAUGGAUAGAACAAUGGACUGGGAUCACUAGGAGACCUGUGUUCUAAUACUUCCUGUGGCUACUGACUUGCCAAGUGAGCUUGAACACAUUGCACCUUUUGGUCAGACUUUCCCCUUCUAUCUAUAAAACGAAAGUGGUAAUUCUAGCUGUAAAUCCUAUUGUAUGUUAUGAGGAAUGACAAUUACGGACGGGAGUCCACUGCUCUGGUGGCCAUUUUAUUUGCUGGAUUUCUUUUCACCUGCCUCACCUCAUCUAUUUUUAAGGUGCAGGGAGACUUUUUCUAAGACAUGGCAGGAGGGAAAAACUCUACUGGCCUAAAAGUAUUGGUAAUCAUUUAAGAUGCUUUAAAAUGGUACAUGCCGCAAGUGCACAAAUACACAUAUACAUUACUUGUAUUUUUAUGCCCCUGCAGGGAGAAUUACAAGGCGAAGGCAGCACUCCAGUGAACUGAUACAAGUAGCUAUGUGUGUGUUUGAGAAAAACUCCUGUGCCUUAGCUGACUUGGUUUUCAAGCUAGUAAAAGUGUUUUACAGUUAUUCUGUUUACUUUUGUGAAGCAGAAAGCAAAGUUAUUUUUCUUGAACUACAGCCUGAGUGGUUUAAGAAUAUGAGUACUAAACUUGAAUUCAGAACUUCUCAAACAGAAAAAAUAUAUGUUGCUGAGGAGUUGUCAGAGUUCUGAAAGCAGAAUCCUCUUCAGUUGACUUAAUAUAAUUUCAGAGAUGCUGUAUUUCUUUUCUGAAUUAUCUUCAUUUGACAGUGUUAGCCUAACACCUGUCUGCAGUGUUUUUGAUUUUCUAAGGCUUUUUUCCCUGCAUAUCCUUAAGGAUAUGCACUAACAGCUAAAAUGUGAAAGGAAUUCUGUAUCAAUCUCUUUGUAAGGCAAAAAUGCUUUCAUAGUAUACGUUGUAAUUCUGGGUGUACUUUUUUUGGAAGUUUGAGUUCUUUUUAGUUAAUAGAUUUUCUUUAUAUUAAAUAUUAGAACUCUUUUAUUAUACGUGGCUAGGGUAGUACUGAAGCUUUGUAGAAAUUUAAGGCUAGUUAACUAUUGGUCCUUUAUUUAUUUACUUAUAUCGGUCUGUAAUUUAAAAUUGAUAUUAUAUCACUGUUAUUUAUUAAUAAGUAGAAGUUUUGUUUGCUAGGAUACAAGGGAACCUCUCCUUUUCCCGCAGGCACCACAGAUAAAAGUGUCAGAUCCCAUACUCCUAGUAGUCUUGCUACCAACUUUCUCCUGUGCCUUAAGUGUAAAAAUAGACCAGUACAUGGAAAGGAGUUUAUCUUUGCCCUCCUCUCUCCCCCAUCCCUUUCCAACAGAGGGACAGAAUUGCUUGGUACAACUGCAGGUUAAAAGAAUUAGGUUGAAUUUGGCUGUUAUUUAGUGUUUCAGAAAAGUAGUAGAAAAUGCAGUAUUCUUUUGUGUCCUCUCCCCACACUCCCUCUGGAAAUGAUUGCUAAGCACUUUAUUGUCAUUUUAGGCUUCAUUUUAUUAUUAAUCCUCAAAACAUUCCUGUAAGGAGAUAGAGGGUAUAUGGUAUUGUCGCUGUUUUUGUAGGUGGGAAAACAUGAUGCACAGAUCUGUUGACUUUCCUAACUUGAUGUAGUCAGGACCAGAGCAAAGAAUCACCUGGCUCCUAAGGCCCAUGUUCUAUCUUGAUUUGACUCUGCUUCAUAGAGCAGAGGAAACAGGCGAAGAAUCAUUUUCAGUACAAAACGGUUCGAUUCAUCAAAAAGAUGCUGUAAAUGAUGAUGAUUUUGAGCCAUACUUAAGUAGCCAGACAAAUCAGAGUAACAGCUAUCCACCAAUGUCAGAUCCAUACAUGCCUAGUUACUAUGCUCCAUCCAUUGGAUUUCCAUAUUCUCUUGGGGAAGCAGCAUGGUCCACGGCUGGAGACCAACCUAUGCCGUAUCUGACAACCUAUGGACAAAUGAGUAAUGGAGAACAUCAUUAUAUACCAGAUGGUGUGUUUAGUCAACCUGGGGCAUUAGGAAAUACCCCUCCAUUUCUUGGUCAACAUGGAUUUAACUUUUUUCCUGGUAAUGCUGAUUUCUCUACAUGGGGGACAAGUGGAUCUCAGGGACAAUCAACACAAAGUUCUGCUUAUAGUAGCAGUUAUGGCUAUCCACCUAGUUCUCUUGGGAGAGCUAUUACGGAUGGACAGGCUGGAUUUGGCAAUGAUACUUUGAGUAAGGUGCCUGGCAUUAGCAGUAUUGAGCAAGGCAUGACUGGACUGAAAAUUGGUGGUGACCUGACAGCUGCAGUGACAAAAACUGUAGGUACAGCCUUGAGCAGCAGUGGUAUGACUAGCAUUGCAACCAAUAGUGUGCCCCCAGUUAGCAGUGCAGCGCCUAAACCGACCUCAUGGGCUGCCAUUGCCAGAAAGCCUGCCAAACCUCAACCGAAACUUAAACCCAAGGGCAAUGUGGGAAUUGGGGGUUCUGCUGUGCCACCACCUCCUAUAAAACACAACAUGAAUAUUGGAACUUGGGAUGAAAAGGGGUCAGUGGUAAAGGCUCCACCAACCCAACCAGUUCUGCCUCCUCAAACUAUAAUCCAGCAGCCUCAGCCAUUAAUUCAACCACCAACAUUGGUGCAAAGCCAACUGCCUCAACAGCAGCCUCAGCCACCACAACCACAGCAGCAACAAGGACCUCAGCCACAGGCCCAGCCUCACCAAGUGCAGCCCCAACAGCAACAGCUGCAGAAUCGCUGGGUAGCUCCUCGGAAUAGGGGAGCUGGAUUCAACCAGAACAAUGGAGUGGGCGGUGAAAACUUUGGUUUAGGUGUUGUUCCUGUCAGUGCUUCACCUUCUAGUGUAGAAGUGCAUCCAGUGCUGGAAAAGCUAAAGGCCAUAAACAAUUAUAAUCCCAAAGACUUUGACUGGAACCUGAAGAAUGGACGUGUGUUUAUAAUUAAAAGCUAUUCUGAGGAUGACAUACACCGAUCCAUUAAGUACUCUAUCUGGUGUAGUACUGAGCAUGGUAAUAAGCGUUUGGAUGCAGCUUACCGUUCCCUGAAUGGGAAAGGCCCACUCUAUUUACUCUUCAGUGUGAAUGGCAGUGGACAUUUUUGUGGAGUGGCUGAAAUGAAGUCUGUUGUGGACUAUAAUGCAUAUGCUGGUGUCUGGUCUCAGGAUAAGUGGAAGGGCAAAUUUGAAGUUAAAUGGAUCUUUGUCAAAGAUGUUCCCAAUAACCAGUUACGGCAUAUUCGCUUAGAAAAUAAUGACAACAAACCAGUUACCAAUUCAAGGGACACUCAAGAGGUACCCCUAGAAAAAGCUAAGCAAGUGCUUAAAAUAAUUGCUACUUUCAAGCAUACCACCUCAAUCUUUGAUGACUUUGCACAUUAUGAAAAGCGUCAAGAAGAGGAGGAAGCCAUGCGUAGGGAGAGAAAUAGAAACAAACAAUAACCGUAUGAAGAUGUCCUGUUAGAAUUACAACACUAAUGAUGUAGACUCUGGAAAUGCCUAAUAAGUCAAAGAAGACGUUAUUAAAGCUUUUUUUCUGCUUAAGGUGACAUCUCUGAACUCUAACACAGAAUUGACUCUUCUUGUAAUGGUUUUCAUCAGCGCAUCUGCCCUUAUACUCUCACCAAACACACUUGAGAACUGUAACUUCGUCAAGCACUUUCUGUCCUGAAGCUUUUACCAGUAUCUGCUGUCUUUUGUAAUUAUGCAUCCUAGCUAAGGCACAGAAGACUGAAUGAAUGCAAGGAUUCAUUAACUCUUUGAAUUUGUUAAAUACUAACAGUUAACCAUUAGAAGUGGUUCAAUGAUGUAAGAGUCACACUGCUUCAACUUUUUCUUUGUUGUAGUUUUUAAAUUGUCAAUUUUUAGCUAUUUGACAGAUUAAAAGCAAAAUAAUCAUGCCAUAUUUAGUCCUGGAGUUCAAGUCUAAAUGUUUAUGUGAAAAAUUAUUGUAGUAAACUUUUAAUAUGGCAAAGCAACCUUAAGCUCUAUUUUAGCCAAAUGAAUCAUAAUCUGAAAUUAUAUUAGAACAUUUCCCUUGUCUUCAAACCGUUUGGUGUAACAGAAUAUUGAUAUGCAGCUGGGUGGACUUCACCAGUUAAUGCACAUUCUUCUCCCCUCCUUCCCCCAAUAAUAUGUAUACUGAAAAAUGUGCAUUUGUCUGAGGAAUUAUUUUGUUUGCUACCACUUAAUGAAUCUCAAAAUUUUGAGUAAAUGUACCUCAGUCUAAUCAGACUUUUUAUGACCUUUAUAACUACAUUUAAAACCCUUAAUUCCUAUUUCUGGGUGUUUGCGAGCCUGAUUGCGAUCAUGAAGUAAAAAUUUAUUAUUCUAGGUAUUCACUAGCUAAAUAAACAAUAGUUCUUGUUUAGCAAGCAUAUACUGUUCCUCAACUCUUUUCUCCAGCUUUUGCAGUGUCCUGGCAUCCUUAAAAUACUUGGAAAAUAUGGCCUUGAUCCAUGGAUUAAAUCAGUAUCUAAGUGAAUGUGUUGAUGUUUUAUUGAUCAGAUCUAUAUAAAUGGGAAUACAGCAUAUAUCUGGGUAUUCUUAUAGUUAUCUUUUUAACAUCUUAUUUUUUUCAUUAAUUACAUAUCAACAUUAAUUUUGUAACUUGAAACAAAUUGAUUUUGUACAAUUAAACGUGUCAAGCAUCUGUAUUAACUGAUUUGAUGGCAUAAGGUUAUGAAGAUAAUGUACUGCCCCUUAUAUUACUGUUCCAAAAGGAGGAAACUAUGUAGAAAGAUACAUUAAGGGUGAAAAUAGCAAUAUAGUAGAUUUGAAUACCUUGAUGUUUUGCAUUACUCCAUUUAUGUUUACAUCAUGUUUAGAAAUGUGUUCAUUUACAGUGGUCUUUGGUCACUUUAGUUCAAAAAUCUAGUGACAGAUAUUUCUUUGAGGCUUUCAUUUAUAUAAUUUUUUUGUACAAUGUUUUCUUAAAGGUACAAAUACUGUAUUCAAGUGAAAAAAAUACAGUAUUUGUAGAUAAUCGUAGCUACUUCACAGUUCUUUCGUAGUCCCAGUGUAGUUAUAUCAGUGUUUACUGAAGGGAACAUCAAAAUAUUAGUGGUAUGUUACAGAAUAAAAGACUUUCUUAAAGGAAAAUUGCACCUAUUUUACCUUUUUAAGAGUAAGCCAUGAAAUCUCGUAACACGUCUCUUAACUAUUUAUACUGAAAAUUGGCAUUUGGGUAUAGUCACCACAGCAAUGUUCUGUAUCCCUAAGAUUAUAUAGAUAGGAUGUGUCAAAGCUGACUGUUGUCACUCUGGAGGUCCUAUUAGACAAAACUGUAAAGGGGUGACCUUGUAGAAAGGGUCUGAGUCCUCUCUCUGAGGUUCUCUUUUUCUUGGUGCUUUAUUAGCAACUCUGAAUAUUUUUAUAAAACUAGUUACAUUAUAAGUGGAUUCAAACUUGUUUAAUUUACAUUAGGUUUCUAUGUAAGAAGUGUCACUCACUCAGCGAGCAGGCUGAUUGCAGUAGCAGACGCAGCUGUCAGAUGUAAUCGAGGAGUCUAUUCAAGGUGAGGAGUACAUCCCAGUGCCUUUAACCUGGAUUUCUAAUACGAAGUGAAAUGGGUGCAGCGUUCCUUUGGAAAAACGACAACAACAACAACACUUUUGUCUUUUCAAAAUUGGUAAUUGUUUUCUUCAGAGCACCUACCUUCUCUUCCUCCUUGGUCUGUCAGUGGAUGGCAAAAAGGUUUUUCUCUGAAUGACAUGAUCACAGAUUGUCUCAAUAGCACAACUAACUAUUUCUUAACUGUAGGGACCAAAAGGGAGAGAACCUGGGCUCUGCAGCAGGAGACACAUCAUCAAAUGUUUGAAUAAUCACAAAUUAAGACAUUAUUGGCCCAGUCAGUUUCUUGCUUCCGAUUUUUCCAAAAUCUGGUUUGAAUGUUUCUUAUUAAAGUUAUCUUACGUGGGUAUUUUAUUUUGAAAGGUAUUAUAGUUUGUAUAUUUAACAGUAAGGGGGAAAAUGUAACCAAAAUUAGUAUUCUUUCUCUAUACAUAUUGGUACUUGAAGAUUCCUUUCAGAAGAAACCCCAGCCUUUUCCUAAUUUCAAUACUUAAUUCCUCAUUUUAACUCGAGUGAUCUUUCUAAUUCAAAAGCUGUGUUCUUUUUGAAUACCAUGCAUGGGGGUUAAGCUGAUGUUAAAACAGUUUGCAAUAAAAAAGAAUCAGCUUAAGUCAUUUAAUCAUUUCAAGUGCAUUCUGCAUCCUAUAAAAAUAAGUUUGAGAAAUUAAGAGAAUUGUGUUUUCAUUAAGUUUUGCAUAUCUUUUGUUAUGCCAUGUAAAUUCCCUUCUUUUUCGUAUGAUUAAAGAAAGGUUAUGAUAAAAUGAUUAGUUCAUUUACAUUCACUUGUAGCAAUUACAUGAGAAUUUGAAUUUUGUCGUGUUUGGGUUUGUUCAUUCCUGUGAAUGAUGGUACAGUUAGGUGAGAUUUUCUGUUAUGGUACCCAAACUCACCAUUUGGUCCUCUUUAAUCUUUGAGGGUUUCAAUAAAAAUUGUUCACUCA